GGUUUCGUCUGGGCGCGAAAGAGAGAGAGAAUGAAUAGGGUAGUGGGAAUGCGAGAGUGAGCGGACAGGGUCGUGGAGAGGUAAAGAGGGUCGCAAAUAGAAAAGCUCCCUUAUAAGCAGACAGAUAGGCCGGCGAGUUGCCCGGGCACGGAUCGCUCCUUCAAUCAAUUUUCCACAUCUGUUUGUCUCUCCUCGCAUCUCCCGGCUGUUUUCCCAACUUCUUCUUUCAUUACCUUUUCGCGAUCACAGACCUGCCAAGCGUGGCCUUGACAUUUAGUGACAGUGUAAAUCUGACCUUGGCAAAAGUAUCUGUCAAGGCUGAUAGGUAGAUCGAUAGUGUCAAUCAUCAGCUGACUUUACCGGCAACGUGUCUGUGUUCCAACAUGCUUGAAUGAGUGUAUGAAUGUGUGUAAUUUUAGUUGUUAAAGACGUGAGCAUUCGAAAAAAUGGACACGUAGAAUGUUCAUUCAUCAAAGAGGACUAAUUAGUACAAUUAACAUUGAACUUUAAUGGAUCCGAGUCGGUAGCCAUGAGAAAACGAAGAAACGAUUGAUAUUGCGACAACGAUAGAUCAUAUCGAUAUAAAAAAUGGAAGAGACAUCCUCAAGAAUACGUCCUUACCUGGACUGGGACAAUGACGAUAAAUACUCAGUGGCCAAUAGUCAAGCGCCCUUGCAGGGCGGUGAAGAUGAUCACCCGGAACGCGGAACUUGGACAGGGAAAUUCGAUUUUCUAUUAUCUCUCUUGGGAUAUAGCGUAGGCCUCGGAAAUGUCUGGAGAUUUCCGUAUCUCUGCUACUCGAACGGCGGUGGUGCUUUUCUGAUACCGUUCACCGUGAUGCUCGUCAUCGCCGGAUUGCCUCUUAUGUUCAUGGAACUUUCCUUUGGACAAUAUGCUAGUCUCGGACCAGUGGCAGCUUAUAAGCAGUUUUGCCCCUUGCUUCGCGGCUUAGGAUACGGAAUGGUCCUCAUUAGUUCCGUCGUAAUGCUCUAUUAUAAUUUAAUCAUCGCCUGGACGCUAUAUUACAUAUUUGCCUCGGUUCUUGGCGGUUGGGAAUUGCCCUGGAGUAAGUGCGAAAAAGAAUGGAGUACCGAGGAUUGUUUUAUGCCAGAUGCUGCUGAGGCUUGUGUCUCUCAGAACGCUUUUUAUUUCAAAAGAAAAUGUCUCAAUUCAACUCAAAUGACUGCGAUGGGUUUGCUUAUCGAUAACGUAACUAAUGCAAUCAAAAGACCGCCGGCUGAAGAAUAUUUUCAGAAUCAUGUAUUGGGAAUUAGCAAUGGGAUUGAGGAAACUGGAUCGAUUCGACCAUUCAUGGCGGCUAGUCUUUUUCUAGCAUGGAUUAUCGUAUUCCUUUGUUUGAGCAAAGGCGUGCAAAGCUCCGGCAAAGUCGUAUACUUCACCGCUCUUUUCCCAUACGUCGUUCUGGUCAUCCUUUUUGUUCGUGGAAUUUUACUUCCUGGCGCUAACGAAGGGAUACUUUUCUAUCUCACUCCCGAUUGGAAAAGAUUAAUGUCUGCCAAAGUAUGGGGAGAUGCCGCGGUACAAAUCUUUUUUGCUUUGAGUCCAGCCUGGGGAGGUCUGAUCACUUUAAGUUCAUACAAUAAAUUUACCAACAAUUGUUACAAAGACUCUUUGAUUGUGGCAAUUAGCAAUAUCGGGACUUCCUUUUUCGCCGGCCUCGUCAUCUUCUCAGUGAUCGGUUUCCUUGCUCAUGAGCUCGAUGUACCAGUGGCAUCAGUGGUAGAUGAAGGCGCUGGUUUGGCGUUCAUUGUUUAUCCAGAAGUUGUGGCUCGGCUACCCGUUGCGCCUGUUUGGUCGCUAUUAUUCUUCAUCAUGCUGCUCACUCUGGGUCUCGAUUCGCAAUUCGCUCUCAUGGAAACUGUUACUACGGCGAUACUCGAUGGCAUUCCAGCAUUAAGAAGUUAUAAAAUUUGGGUCGUUCUAGGAGUUGCAGUAAUUGGCUAUGCCGGUGGCGUCAUUUUCACCACCAACGCCGGGAUGUACUGGCUACAAUUAAUGGACAAGUACGCUGCCAAUUGGUCCGUUUUGUUGAUCGCUAUAAGCGAAUGCAUCCUCGUGGCAUGGAUAUACGGAGCGGAUCGUUUUCUAGACAAUAUUCAACAAAUGAUUGGGCCUCGAGGUUGUUUAUGGAGAUUUUUCUGGACGUGGAUGUGGAAAGUUGUCACACCCGCCGCAUUAUUCUUCAUUCUCUGCUUUAAUUGGGUGAAAUACGAACCAGUCACGUAUGGAAGUUACAUUUAUCCAAAAUGGGCGGAUGUAUUAGGCUGGGUUAUCAGUAUGCUUCCCGUUUUGGUCAUUGUUGGUUUAGCUAUAGGUCAGCUAAAAGAACAGCGCGUGCAAUCAGCUUACGACGAUGAAGAUGACGAAGAUGACAAUGAUGACGAUGACCUCGAGAACAGCGAGUCUUACGAAAAAGCAAAGAGAGGAAAAGGCAAAAAUAAAAAUGCAUGGAAUCGCAUAAAAAUAUUGUUACAACCGACAUCCAACUGGGGUCCAUCGCAAAAUUCUUUCACACCCUCCAAAACUUUGACUCGUACAUCCUCCUCAGGACCUCCGGGAACAUAUGACUCAGUACGAGAUACGAUUAUUUUGGUGAACGGUCAACCGAUGAUGGUACAACCGCCCAGCACCGUCCCCACUACUCAGAAACUUCCCGGACCAUCGAUUCUUAAGAAUUCUAGUAAAACCGAUCUAAUAACCUCGCAGCAGGUAUGAUAUGGCACGUUUGUUUUACAUUCAAUAAUAUAAAUUUUAAAUAACCAUUUCGAAGAUAGAGUGUGUCCAAUGUAAGUCUAAUUGAGGAUAAAUAUUCUCACAUGAUGUUGGCAAUAUCAAUCACGAUUGUCAAAUGAUAUGAAAAUGGUAUGAAAUUAUAUGA